AAAUUUGUUACAUCCGCGACGUAUCUGCCUAAACUAGCUAGCUUAGCUAACGUCAAACUUUUGAGCCUUUUUUUUGCGUGUUUGUGUGCGAGCUGUUAUGAAGAACGAACGAGGAAACGUAUUUAAUAGCUAGUUAUACAACUUUAAUGUCAAACGCGUGUAGUUUACAGCGAUGUCAACUGAGUAAAUCCUUCUUUUAAAACUAAAAUACAAAACUAGUUUUGGCUAGGUCGCUAACGCUAGCUAUACAACCAGUAAACUGUUUAUUAGCUAGCAAAUCUGACAGAAUUACUGGUUGGCUCGAGACUGUACUUUUGCAGGAGUGUUUAUUACUGACCUGGCUAGCUGGAGUAAAUGAUCUGCGCGGCGCUGAACAUGUAGUAUUGUCUUAUUACGGCCAUCGUGUUUAUCAGCGACUUCAACAGCUGUCAACAAAAUGUCAUUGGAAGAUUUUGAGCGGCAUUACGCGUCUCUUUCGGACUCGGGCUGUGAGUCGGUGAGCGGCGCCCCGGCCCCGGGCCUGUUCAGCGGCGAGGAGGAGAAGUUACACUACAUUCCCAUCAGGGUGCUGGGCAAAGGGGCUUUUGGGGAAGCCACCUUAUACCGCCGCACAGAGGAUAAUUCCUUGGUGGUUUGGAAGGAGAUUGAGCUGACCGGUCUCUCAGAUAAAAAGCGCAGAGAUGUGAUGAACGAAAUAAGCAUCCUGUCUAUUCUUCAACAUAACAACAUCAUAGCGUUUUACAACCACUUCAUGGACAGGAACAUCCUGCUGAUUGAGUUGGAAUACUGCAAUGGUGGCAAUCUGUAUGACAAAAUUAACAACCAGAAAGGAGAACUCUUUACACAGGAGGUUGUUAUAUGGUAUCUGUUCCAAAUUGCAUCAGCUGUGGCUCAUAUUCAUAAAGCUGGUGUUCUGCAUAGGGACAUAAAAACGUUGAAUAUCUUCCUCACCAAGACAAACUUAAUAAAGCUAGGAGACUAUGGAUUGGCCAAGAAGCUGGAUUCUGAGUAUUCAAUGGCAGAGACAUGUGUAGGCACGCCAUACUACAUGUCACCGGAGCUUUGUCAAGGGGUCAAGUACAACUUUAAAUCCGACAUCUGGGCCGUGGGCUGUGUUUUAUAUGAGCUUCUUACUCUCACCAGGACCUUUGAUGCAACGAAUCCCCUGAACCUGUGUGUGAAGAUCGUCCAGGGCAACUUUACUAUGGAGAUGAACUCUGAUGUUUAUUCAUCGGAGCUCAUAAAUAUAGUCUAUGCAUGCUUGGAUCAGGAUCCAGAGAAGAGACCUACUGCUGAUCAGAUUCUUGACCAGCCUAUCAUCUCCUGUGAUAAACUGAAGUUUGAGGGGCGUGUGGCUGCACUGAAUUCAGCCAUAAAGAAACCCAGGUUGAGCACAGUAUCAGACACCUCAGUUGCUAUAGUAACCACUCGUUCCAGAGAGUUGUAUUUCUGGGGAGGAGGAAAGUUCACCCCUCAGAAACUGGACGUGUUUAAGGGUGGCACUAUUGCUCAGCAAGUGUGUGCAGGGGAGACGCAUUUUGCUGUGGUUACAGUGGAGAAAGAGCUUUACACUUGGGCUAGUGUGCAAGGUGGUGCUAAAAUGGUGGGCCAGCUUGGGCAUGGGGAUCAGGCCUCAUACCGACAACCUCGCAAGGUGGACCGUCUGCAGGGAAAAGCCAUCAGGCAGGUGUCUUGUGGUGCAGACUUUACUGCCUGUGUAAGUGACGAGGACCAAAUGUACAUGUUUGGCUCAGACUAUUACGGAUGUAUAGGUGUGGAGAAUGCGAUGGGUAUGGAGGUUCUUGAGCCAGUUCUGCUGGAGUUCUUUCAGGAGCGACCAGUACGACAGGUAUCCUGUGGAGAUAACCAUGUGGUAGUGCUGACUCACAGUGGAGCCAUAUAUUCCUGGGGCUGUGGAGAACAUGGUAGACUUGGCCUGGACUGUGAGGAUGAUUUUGCCUCUCCUAUGCUAGUGGACAUACCAAAGGGUGCCUGUAUUGACUCUGUGUGCUGUGGGAACGAUGGAACAUUUUUCCUUACAGAGUCUGGGAAAGUCUUGACCUGUGGAAACAACGAGUUUAACAAGCUAGGUCUCAAUCAAGGCAUUACUGGUAUCAAGAACCACCCUAGAGAGGGUUGUCAAGACAUACCAUAUGCAACAACUCCGACUUUAGUAAAGCUGCUUGCCCGCUUUAAAAUCCAAAUCAUCGCCCCUGGGAAGACCCAUACAGCAGCCAUUGAUGAACGGGGUCGUCUGAUGACGUUUGGCUGUAAUAAAUAUGGCCAGCUUGGUGUAAAGGACUUUAAGAAACAUCAAGGGGUUCAACUGCUUUUAGGACCCUUUGGGGGAAAAGUUGUCUCCAAAGUGUCCUGUGGAGAUGGCUUCACAAUUGCUGCCACAGAGGAUAAUCAAAUCUUUGCCUGGGGAAAUGCAGGAAAUGGUCGUUUAGGCAUGCCUGCUGAUCGAGGAUUUGGCUCUGAGGUUUGCCCCGCUCUUCCUCGCCCCAUAUUUGGUUCCCUACAUCAUGUGCCUGACUUGUCCUGCAGGGGUUGGCACACUAUCAUUAUCGUGGAAAAGCUGCUUAACUCCAAAACAAUCCGUUCAAACAGUAGUGGACUGUCCAUUGGAAGUGGGAUAGGUCAGAGCGCCAGCUCCUUCAUGGACUUGGGUAUUGAGCCUGGGUCGGACUCUGAGCUGCGAGAGGGCAUUAUGGGAGGCACUGUAGAGGUUGACCUGGAGGAGAGGGGUCCCGAGACUCCAUCAAUGAUAUUAAUGGAGAGCAAGACCAAUGAGAGUUCUUGUCCAUCUUGGCUCCGCAAGGAGCUGCUGGAUGCAGAAUUCAUUCCCAUACCUGAUGGCUCCAGCGAUUCCAUGUCUAGCCCUCUGGCUACAUCCUUCACAGAACGUGCCACACUCCCAUAUGAAGAGCUUCAAGAACUAAAGGCAGCUGCUGCAGCUGCUGCUAGUGGGAAUGGCUUCAUGCAAACAGUAUGGGUAGACUAUGAAAGCAUAAAUGGCUUGGACUCUGGAGCUUGGAAGAAAAGUAACCUGCCACAACAACAUGCACAACAGACUUGCUGCCAAGCGAGCAGUGAGCUUGCACAGCUCAAAGAAAUGGUGAAAAGGCAAGACGCAACAAUCCAGCUGUUACAGAAACAGUACAAUGACCAGCUCCAAGAGAACGAGCGGCUGCGGAAAGAAAUUAAUGACCUCAAAGAAGGAUCUGAUCAUUGUGACGAGAGCAACCACCAAGGGGGUCUACAUGAUAAAAAAGAAUGAGGGAGACAAUGAGACAGCACACGGAUUUUAUAACUGGGUGCAGAUAAAGAUCUUCUCUGAACUGAUACCUCAGUGAGUGAGUAGCUGACUGGGGAAGAUGUUAGUCAAAAAAUAUUUGUCAUUUGGACCCGAGUCUUCCUGCCAGUACAGCAUGAGAGGAAGGACUGUGCAUCACAAAAUAUUUUUGCUGCCUUUUGGUAAUAAUUAUUCUCUUCUUAUAUCAGUACAAGGUUAUAUUAGUUGGCCACAGCAUUCCUGCUGCAUCAUGUCUUUGUUUAUGUGCAUGUCAGACAACAGUGUAUGCUUUUUUUACUCUUGAACCACAAUAUUAAUAAUUCAAGUUCAGGUGUGCUCAAGACUCGACAUAUCUUUUAAUAUGUCUAUUUGGAUUAUGGAAACUUAACGCCAAGGCAGCACCUGACAAACUUUAAGCUAUUUCACGUGUGGUGCCAUUAUCUUCAGUAUGGAUUUCUACACAAAAAUGUUUUAUGUGGUUUUUCUCACAGAAGAAAAUGCAUAGACAUUUCAUUUCAUUGGUUAUGGCUUAUGGGGCCUUUAGAUUAGAUAUGCAAAAACAAUAUUCAUAUGUAAUUUCUCAUAUACAAGUCGUACUUUAUUUUUGGAGAGUUAUGGACACCUGCAACUAAUGAGACAUCAUUUAAAAAUUUAAUCCGUUAUAUACAAAUGUGUAUAUGAAUGGUUUUCACAUAUCAUCCAAGAAUCUGUGAUGAAGAAUGUACUACUGAUUUUCACAUUAUGUAUGCUUGUCUCCCUCUUGUGGUUGGGGUGUGUUUUGUAUAGUUCAGGUGGCACUAAUUAGAAAUUACCUACUCCUGGAUGUUCUUUAUGCACGUAUUUCUAAAUCUGGGUAAUCUUGGGGUGCUUCUCAUUUCUUUAAUUCUGCCACCUGCUUUGAAUCUGCAUAUACACAGCCUGAAAGUCAGGUACAUUUCAAUUACUUUUUCAAAAUUUUUAUGUGUACCCUUAAGUUAGUUUUAGUGCUUCAAAUUAUUGUAUUGCUUGUUUUUAUGUGGGAGCUGGAGCAUUUAAAGGUGCAAUAGUUUAUUUUUGCUUACUUGUACAAAUAAUCUGUAAGAUAUGUAGAACAUGAUAAAAAAAAAAAAAAAACAACAA